UAAGAUGGCGAGCCAGAAUCUGCUAAAGUUAUACGACAGGCCUACUGAGCCCGUGUUCAUGCCCAAGGGUCGUGACAACACCACCUUCGAUAUCCCUCAGGAGUUCCUCAGCGAUCGGUUCAAGCCGCUGAAGAACAACUUGGACAAUCGCUUCGGGAGCGGGAAGAAGAUUGCUGUGAAAAAGAUCAACCUUCCCGAUCUGAGUUAUCCAGAACAGCUUGGACGUAGAGCACAGUUCUCCCUCUUCCUCCCAUCCCACAGAGCAAUGGCUGCCAGGCUGGUCGAAGUCUUCAUGGGAAUGCGAACCUUAGAUGACUUCCUCAGCGCUUCGGUGUUGUGCCGUGACCGGAUGAACCCUUACAUGUAUAUCUAUGCCUUGUCAGUAGCCAUCAUCCACAGGCCUGAUACACAGAACCUCGAAGUGCCUUCCUUCGCUGAAGUCUUCCCGGACAAGUACAUGAACAGUGAAAUAUUCGCGAGGGCAAAGGAGGAAUCCAACAUUGUACCUGAAGAACAGCGGGAACCCUUAGAGAUCCCAAGGGACUACACUGCUUCCGAUCUAGAGAUCGAGCACAGGGUUGCCUACUUCCGAGAAGACGUUGGGAUAAACCUCCACCAUUGGCAUUGGCACUUGGUGUAUCCAUUCGACGGGCCGCGUUCCGUCGUGAUGAAGGACAGGCGAGGAGAGCUCUUCUACUACAUGCACCAGCAAAUCAUGGCGAGAUACAACAUGGAGAGGCUGUGCAACAACCUGGCCCGCGUGAAGAGGUUGACCCACCUGCGGGAGCCGCUGGAGCAGGGCUACUUCCCCAAACUGGACAGCUUGGUCUCCAGCAGGGUAUGGCCUCCUCGAUUCGCCAACACCAAACUUAGCGAUAUUUACAGAGAAAUAGAUCAAAUUAAAUUCGAUCUUCAAGACUUGGAGAGAUGGAGGGACAGAAUAUUCGCUGCCAUCCAUAGCGGGACUGUAGUGGAUGAACAAGGACAGUUUAUUGAACUGACUGAAUCGCGUGGAAUCGACAUACUUGGGAACUUACUUGAAGCAAGUAUAUUAUCGAUCAAUAGGAACCUAUACGGCGAUCUUCACAACUUGGGCCACGUCGCGAUAGCUUUGUGCCAUGAUCCAGAAGCGAAGCAUUUGGAAACAUUUAGUAUAAUGGGAGAUCCAGCGACAGCUAUGAGGGACCCAAUUUUCUACAGAUGGCACGCCUUCAUCGACGACAUAUUCGCGGAACACAAGAACACCCUGCCACGUUACACUACCCAACAGCUCGACUUCUCCGGAGUGAGGGUUACGUCAGUCGAAAUCCAAACUGAGGGACAAAAUCCUAAAAAUCGACUGUCCACUUUCUGGCAACAGAACGACAUCAAUCUGUCGAGGGGCCUCGACUUCUCCCCCAGGGGACCUGUCUUCGCUCGGUUCACGCACCUUCAGCACAGGCCGUUCACUUACAAGAUCCAAGUUGAGAAUAGUGGAGGAAACAAAACUGGAACAUGCAGGAUCUUCAUUGCUCCCAAGUUCGAUGAAAGGGGGCUACCGAUGCUAUUCAGAGACCAGAAGAACCUCUUCGUAGAAUUGGAUAAAUUUACUGUUAACCUGAAAGGAUCCAAGAACACCAUUACUCGGAAAUCGACAGAAUCGUCUGUGACGAUCCCGUUCGAAAAGACGUUCAGGAACCUGGACCAGGGAAGGCCGGCUGAAGGAGAAGAUCUAGAGCAGUUCAACUACUGCGGCUGCGGCUGGCCGCAGCACAUGUUGGUCUGCAAAGGCAACGCUGAAGGCUUCCCCUGCCAGCUUUUCGUCAUGAUAUCCAACUUCAGUGAUGACAAAGUGGACCAGACGGGAACCGCACCGCAGUGCAUGGACGCCGUCAGCUAUUGCGGGAUCAGGAACCAGGUGUACCCGGACAAGAGGUCGAUGGGCUACCCGUUCGACCGGCUGCCCAGGGCGAGGGUGGACACGCUGGCGCAGUUCCUCACCCCCAACAUGAGGGUCGUCGACGUGACCGUGCAGCACACCAACACCACCGUCAGGCCGCAGGAUACCCAGCAGGCGGGGAGGGCUUGAAGUGCUGUC